UAUUUUCCCACGGCAUGAGGAUUUAACAUUUCGUUGCAUCUUCUAGGAAAACUAAAUCUAAAUUUCCAUUGAGUCUUAGUUAAAUCUUUUCAUGAUAUAAACGCUAAAACAUACAUAAGUUAAUUAAGUGUUGGAUAAGUUUUAGAAAAAAAAACACCAUUAAUCGAAUAGUUGAACAAUAGAUCAUUUUUUGUUAAUCAAUCAUUAAUUUAUUUGCACAAUUUUGCCUUCAACUUUGCUUCUAACAAAAUAAGUCGUGAAUGUUUUGUUUUGUUCAAAACAACACUAAGUUGUGAAUAUUUAUAAACGUGACAGCAAUCUUAAAUAAAUUCUUGAAAGUAUGUAAGUUUUUGAAAUUGCUACCUUGAAUAUUUUUUACAAAGAAGAGAAAUUUGUCGUGAAUGUUUUGUUUUGUUCAAAACAACACUGAGUUGUGAAUAUUUAUAAACGUGACAGCAAUCAUAGAUAAAUUCUAUGUAAGUUUUUGAAAUUGCUAACUUGAAUAUUUCUUACAAAAAAGAAAAUAAAAUAAAAUUAAAUGAUUUGUGAUUACGUCUUAUAAGUUUGAAAGUUAUUUGCUGAGUAAAUAUCUACUGUAAACCGGAAGUGGAAAGGUUUUACUGCUGAACAGAACACAAGACAUUUUAUAUUCCUCAGGAUUUUCAGAUAGAAUGGUAAGAAGUCUUUUUAGAAACGAAAGACUGUCAAAAACCGCUCCUCGGAAGGAACAAAAACGAAUGAUUCAAAGCGUAUUACACAGAUCGCUUCUCGGAAGGACGAGGGAAUUCCGGUACAAUACGCCGCAGAAGUUUUAUACUUAUGUCAGGAAAUGAUUCAGCGAAUACUACUUAAGAUGGUUCUCGUCACUCUUUUGCUGGCAUGUAGCUGUUUUUGGACAUGCGAAGGUAACCGGAACAAAAAAGUUCUUACUGUUCUUACCUACAAUCUUUGGCUGCACGAGUACAACGAGAAAGCCUAUCGGACAAAAGAAGAGAGAAAAAAGAAUAUUAUUCAUGUCUUGAAGAAAUCGGAAGCUGAUACAGUCUGUCUUCAGGAGGUGUACUUUGGAAAGGAUAUCGAAGAUUUUGUGGACAGUCUCAAGGACAAGUAUCCAUAUACAUUCAGUGGCAUACACAUCACUGUAAAUGGCUUCCCACCGCAGGCCAAAGGGAAAAGAAAACCGCCAUGUGAUAAUACAAGAUUAGUGACUUAUUUGAAUUGUAUCAAAACCAAUGGAUGUACUGCAACGGCAGACGACAGGGAGUUGCUAGCAUGUGUGCUUUCAAACUGCGUCAAUCAACUUCAAAAUAUAUUUCAGAAAGACAGUCAGGAAUGCCUGACUUGUAUGACUAUGUCUACGGCUAAUAUCAUGGAGUGUACAUCUACACGUCCAGUGGUUGGUGGUCGGACAAUGAAUGUAGGAGGUCUUUUCCUGCUGUCGAAUAGGAAACUUCGUGAUGUGUCUUACACCGAUUAUCACCCGACAACAAAAGAAUUGUUCCCGACAGGAUUCAUAAAAGCAAAGGUUGAUGACAUCGCAACUAUAGUUUGCACCCACCUGAGUGCUGUAGGCACAAACGAUUUUUACGAACCUGAACUGAUGAAAAAAGGUUUUACAUCAUACUCCGAUAUGAAUGCUUAUGAGACUAGAACUUUGAUAAGAAGUCUUCGCGGUAUUCAACCGGCCAUUAUAUUGGGUGAUUUUAACACAGGUUUUGCAUAUAAACCUCAGCUUCGCUCGGUAAUACCAGACAGCUACGUUGAAAUGCUAAAAAGAUUUACCACAAGGCCAGCUCUGAAGUUUACGUACCGUGACCCUUCAAACAGAAAGAUUCAGUCUGUUAUUGACCAUAUUUUUGUCAAGAACCUUCAUACGUAAAACCAAGAGAGUGUUUGGUCCCAAAACUGGAAAGGCUUUAAUGAGUGAUCACGUUGGUGUGCAAGCCGUGGUGAAAGCAGCAUGAUAAUUGCACCGAGGAACAUACAGCAUUUUAAAAUCUUUUGACUUAUGUGUUAAAUGUU